AUUUUCUUUUCUUCUCACCGCAGGAAUCGCUAACAGUGCUGAAACCAGAAGGCUUUAAUUUUGCUCAGCAGAUUAAGCACAGUUAUACUCAGCCGGAUGAAAAUGUUCCUCUUUUCCUGGCCCCUCGCUCUCUUCGGGGCUGGAGACUCUAUGGAGGAGAGAGGUUCUGCCAAGGAGGUUUCUUCCUGGCCCUAUGUGCCUGCUGGCAGGUAGAAACUCACCCCGACACCAGCCGGGACGGGGCGGGAACAGCCGGGCGCUGGCGCUCCCCGACCCGGUCCUGGCAGCCCCGCACUCAUCGCAUAGACACCACCGGGGGCUGUGAAGAUCCACACGGUGUAAGACCCGGAUACGGGUCCGGCUGAGGCCGGCUGCGGGGGAUCCUCACCCCCCACCCCAGCAGACCCCGCAGCUGCCGCGCCGGCUCCUCCCGCCCCCUGGGCAGGGGCAGCGCUGGCGAACCCUCAGCGCGGCCGAUAGCUGGGGCGGUGACACCUGCCCCCGGUGCCCCGCCAGCCCUGUCCGGCUGAGCUCCGACCAGCGCAGCCCCACGCACCCCUCCCUUGCCCACUCCACCGCCGACAGGAGAAGGUCCCGCCCAGGCUGCAGCCGCUGCCCGCGGACGGUUACUUACUGGCGCGAACGCCUAGGACUUGUUUUGCAGCACUGUCCCCCCUUCCCGACUGCGUCCGGCCCGGUCCGACUUUGAACGCAGCCUCCCCGGCCCACCGACGGCUGCUCCUUCCUCCCCGGAGCGCCGCCCUCCCGCCGGAGCCCCUGGGGCUGCUGCCCCUCCGCCGCCCAGAACACCGGCUUGCACGCCGGCUGUCCCUGUUUGUUUAAAGGCAGUCUGCCCCGGGAGGAGGCUGGUUUCCCAGGGCGCGUUUUCUUGCGGAGGCCGCCCAAGCGAUCGCUCCUUUAAACAAAGCGGCGGUGGCCCAGCAGAGCUUCCUCGCCAGACAUGGAUGAGAUGUACCUGAGAGACCACCACCACCACCACCACCAUCACCACCACCAGGACAGCCGCCUCAACUCCGUCUCCUCCACCCAGAACGACCUGGUGCAGAAGAUGUCCGGGGAAGGCCUCUCCAGGAACGGCUCCAAGGCAGGAGGGGAAGGCAGCAAGUACAAAAUCAAGAAACAGCUCUCGGAGCAGGACCUGCAGCAGCUGCGGCUGAAGAUCAACGGCCGGGAGCGUAAGAGGAUGCACGACCUCAACCUCGCCAUGGACGGGCUGCGGGAGGUGAUGCCCUACGCGCACGGCCCUUCUGUGAGAAAACUCUCCAAAAUCGCCACCCUCCUGCUAGCCAGAAACUAUAUCCUGAUGCUCACCAGCUCCCUGGAGGAGAUGAAGAGGCUGGUGGGGGAAAUCUACGGGGGGCACCACUCGGCCUUCCACUGUGGCACGGUGGGACACUCCGCCGGGCACCCACCCCACGCCGCUGGCCCGGUGCACCAGGUGCACCCCAUACUCGGCAGUGCCUUGUCCUCCGCCAACACCUCCUCCUCCCUCUCCGCCUCCCUGCCGGCCAUCGGCACCAUCCGGCCCCCCCACUCCUUGCUCAAGACCCCCUCGACCCCCCCCGCCCUUCAGCUCGGCAGCGGCUUCCAGCAUUGGGCGGGCUUGCCGUGCCCCUGCACCAUCUGCCAGAUGCCCCCCCCGCCCCACCUCUCUGCCCUCACCGCCUCCAACAUGGCCAGGAUCUCGGGGGAGACCAAGGACCUCCUGAAGUGACUCGGCGGGGAUCCUCCGGCCACCGGGGCUGCGCUCGAGCCGGGGCUUCCACGGGCAAAGGGGGGGGGGAGGGGGGGGGCCUGAGGACGGAACUGGCCCCGCUGCCCCUCUGCCCUGUCCCCCCCCCCGGUAACACGGGAUUAGUGUAGUAAGGACCCUGCAAAGGUAAUGUUUUAGCCGGCUCCUCGGGCGGUGUUUUCUUAUUAUACUAAACCGGAAAGAAACAAAACAAAAAGUCCCUGUUGUAAAAAGAAUAAUAAUAAUAUUAAUAUUAAUAAUAAUGAUGAUGCCGCUGAUGGUGAUCAAAUGUAAAUAAUUCCUUAAAAUGGAUGCAAAAGGGAAAAAAAAAAAAAGGCAUGGUUGUCACUGUAGCGUUCGCAGCUACUGAGAGACGAUGGGAUCGGUCUGGGUCUUCUUCUUUUUGCUGGCUUGUCCUUUCUUUCUUGUGGAAGCUCCCGCUCCCAGCCCGGCUGCGGCGGUGCGGCCCGAGGGGGUGGCCCAGCCAGGGCUUCGCACCGCAGCUUCCCACCCGCGGGGGCUGCCCUGGCAACAGGGACUUCCGAGUGAAUCCACUCAAGUUUUGUGGGUGUGGGGGUUGUGCUGUUUUUUUUUUUUUUUUAAUUUCUUUUCUCUUUCUUUUUCUCU